CUUCACUUCUGUCUCACUCAUCAUUCUCUCACCCUUACAAAAAACAGUCGCAACUCAUUCCAAUCCUCCAUAGCUGUGGUCUUGAAUUGAAUCUUCCAAUUCAAUGGCAAUUAAUUGUAUUUCCAUCAAUUUGUUUCUACAGAUCUUCCUGCUAUUAGUUUCAACCCUUCAUUUCCCAUCCGAAGCGAGGCGACUCACUGAGUCAACACAAACCCAGCAACCCAUUCUCUUCGAAUACCACAAUGGUCCUCUCCUCACUGGCAAAAUCUCAAUCAAUCUCAUUUGGUACGGCAAUUUCAAGCCCUCCCAACGUGCCAUAGUCUCUGAUUUCGUUACCUCACUCUCGUCUAACCCAUCCAACAACCAACCCUCCGUUGCCACCUGGUGGAAGACCACCGAUAAAUAUUACCAGAUUCCCAACUCCAAGAAUAAAGCACCCUUCCUCUCAAUCUCUGCGGGUAAGCAAAUUCUUGACGAGAAUUACUCGCUAGGAAAAUCGCUCACACAAAAACAGAUUGUAGAAUUGGCAUCGAAGGGUGAUCAAAUGAAUGCUGUCAAUGUUGUCUUGACCGCGUCUGAUGUCAUCGUUGAUGGGUUUUGCUCCAGCAGGUGCGGCACACACGGAUCUUCCAAAGCUACCCAAGUUAAGGGCAAGAAUUACAAGUUUGCCUAUAUUUGGGUUGGCAACUCGGAGACUCAAUGCCCGGGUCAAUGCGCCUGGCCAUUCCACCAACCCAUCUACGGACCACAGAGCCCACCCCUGGUUGCACCCAACAACUAA